AAUGCAGCUGGGUAUUUGAGAGAGAGAGAAACAGCGACUUAGAAAUCACACUUUAAAACUUUGUACGUUUUAAAAAAAAAAUUUUAACCGGAACAAUCCUCAUUGAACAUGCGGCUGUGUGCGAGCUGCGCGCUCCUGGGACUCUUGUUGUUGACGGCCUUCGACACAUCAGAAUGCCUCCAGACGACGGUGCGACCGGACAAAGGCUCGACGGUGACGGUGUCCACCGCGCUGCCGGUGGAUCAAUGUGCAGUUUGCACGGUGAGUGGGGUGAACGACACGCUGACCUCCUGCCACUCCUCUCUGCCUCUGGUGCCUGAGGAGGAGGUCAAGCUGCUGUUCAACUGCUCCCAGCCGAUUGAAGAGGCUUUCACUGUGACGAUCGCUCGGACCAUUGAGUGCACAAAGGACGCCUGCAGCCCGACAACGGUAGAAACUCAACCCGCCGUCCUCACAGAGUUGAGCAGAACCUUCACCUGGGAGCUGAAGGCGCCGGAGAAGACGCUUGUGGGUCUGGACGUCCUUGGAGACGGGCUGAUAGAGACGUCGCAACCGUGCCCUGACGACUUUCAGUAUUCGGUGACCACAUCCAAAACAAACGCCGAGAGCCGGACUCGGUAUUGUCGAGGUGGUUCUGAGACUCGUUUAGAAGCGCCCAAUGGAGCUGUUGUGUCUCUGCAAGUUAAACCGAAGGCUCUGGUCAAAUCGGUUUUGUUCCAGGCCUCAGCUGGACCUCUGAAGGGCCGAACAAUGGUUGUAACCGUUAAUUCAAGUACGACUUUGGUCGUCAGCCGGGACCCUGGGCAGCCAGAAUGUGACGUUUGCUCCACGGGCGACUGCAGCCCCACAGAAAAGACGCUGAUCAACGUUGAAAAACUCUUGCUGGAGUUCAGCUGCCUGAAACCUCAGGAUGUGUACAGCGUGAAGAUGGAGAUGAAAAUAGAAUGUACCCAGAGCUCCUGCACUCCUGCUGCAGAAGAAAUUGAUCCUGACGUCUUCAUGGACUUCAAAAGAUCCCUAACAUGGGACAUUAGUGUACCAGACAGGACUGUCUUAACUCUGGACUUCCCUGGUGGAUUAGAGGAGAUGUCUGGAGCAGUAAAAUGCCAAGAUGGCCCCCAGUACUCUGUGAGCACAACUAACAGGGAAGGAAAGAUUAAAACUACCAGCUACUGUAAGGGCGGAACAUUGUCUCGUCAUCUGGAUCUGCUCGGAACGACGGCUGUGACUGCAGAGGUUCCCAAAGGAAGUGAAGUGGACUUAUUCACAGCCAAAGCAGCACCAAGAGGGGCCAGAAUGAUGUCCGUGAUGCCCGAUCCUAACACCAUUAUAACCAUCAGCAGGGUGACCAGCGAGCCAGACUGCAGUGUGUGCGUGAACAAGGAGCCCAAACAGAAAUGUGAGCCGUCACGGCUCACCCUGGAAGAUCCCAGCAACACCACAGUGGAGUUCACCUGUCCUCAGCCUCAGGAUGUUUUCAUUGUGGAGAUCAACAGAGACAUUGAAUGCAAAGAUGCCUCCUGCCCUGGAAACAUCGUUCAGGCCGAGUCCUCGCUGUUCCCAGACUUCAACCGGACCUUCACCUGGGACCUGAAAGUCGUCUCCACUCGAACCUUCCAACUGGACUUCCCAGAACCGGGAAUGCGACAGAUUCCCAACGAGGAGACCUGUCCAGAUGAGCACACGUACUCCAUUGUUGCCUAUCUGCGCACGGGGCCAGCAACCAUUGGUACCUUUUGCAAAGGAGGAACUGUGACCACCAUCAUGGCUCUCUACAAGGGCCGACUAUCUCUGCAGGUGCCUGGCAACCGGAAGCUGGAUCCCGUUGACAUCAAACUCAACGUAGGACCUGAGACCAACAUGGUUGCCAUAUUGACAGUCAACCUACCACGAGGUGUGUCCAACACAGACUUCAUCACGGCCAACUAUCCCCGCGACUUCCCUGACGACCAGGAGAUGCAGUGGAACUUCACGGUGCCCGGCAUGCACAACUACACAAUGCGUUUCAGCGAUCACACAGCUCCAGAGUGCCUCAGGAAAGAGGUGGAGGUGGAGUACCAGAAAGAGAAAAAGAAGGUGACCAAACUGACUCUGGCGGAUCCUCAGCCGCACCACGAGCAGGGCAACUUCAACAUGGUGCUGAGGAACUGUAAAACCAACAGGACGCUGCAGGGCCUCACCUUGAACUACAGAGUCUCUGUAAUCAGGAGCGGGCAUCCAGUCCUGUGUGUGGUGGAUCUCAUCGGACAGCAAGGAGUGUCGAUGCAGGUGGAGAAAGUGGGUUCUGAUCCCUACUGUGAGAUGAGCGUUAACUCUAAGGUCGAAAAGAAGCUGAACGUGGCUGCAGGCACGAAGGCCAGCCUGGCCUUCCUUGACUGUCCAAAUGAAGAUGUGCGCCUCACUGCCAGUAAAGUUAUUGAGUGCCAAAAUGUGACGUCCUGCUCUGCGACUCAGCUCACUGUGCCCAAACUGGACUCCUGUCUACCGAUGCCCCUCCACAGCUUCACCUGGCACCUCAAAGUCCCUCAGGACGGCACCGUGGACCUGGUGUCACCCACAGGGAGUCUCCGACAGUCCCUGCCCGGCCAGGAGUGUAGUCCGUCCGUUUCUCUGCAUGUGGCCGAAGAAGACGGGUUUUCUGUUGGAGAAUUCUGCAUCACCGGAAUGAUCCAGAAAGUUCAGGUGCACGGAAACGUCGCCGUCACAGCCACCGUCCCGGACUUCAGCAAGACCAAGGAGCCUUUCCUCAACGUCAGCUUCAGUCAGGAGAUCUCAGAGACCAUUAUUUAUAGAGUCAGCCCAGAGGAGUCGUCUCCGACCCUGCUGGCCACUCCCAACUGGCCCCUGGGCAUGCGGCCUUCGUCCACCGUCUCCUGGAUCGUCACCGUACCGAGCCAGUACGAGGCGCACAUGCAGUUUGUCAACCUCAGCCAACCCAAAUGCAUGGACCGGCACACCGCCAUCAAGGUGAUGAUGCUGGGGGACGAGGAGGAGAUGAUCAGCCGCAGGGAGGACGAGGAGGCGGAGGACAAGUUGACAGUGCCGCGUAGCUUUUAUCUCAACAUGUCCAACUGUAUUCCAGAGGAGGGACACUUUGGUGCAAUGACCAACAUCGUUCUGCAGAAGAGGAGCAAUCUCCUGGCCAUCCUCCUCGGGAUAGCGGGAGCUCUCUUGCUGUUGCUCAUAGUGCUGGCUGUUGUAUGCUUCGUCACAAAGAAAAGGAAGAAAGACAAACUGGCCAAGGAGGCAUCCAUCUACAUUGGCAAAGGAAACAUCUUCCGCCCGAGUGACCGGCACUUCAGCAAAGCUCGGUCUGACAACGACUCCCACGUCUACGCCUCCAUAGACGAGUCGAUGAUGUACGGCCACCUGCUGGGUGACACCAGCUACGCCGACAGCAUGCCGGACCACUUCAACGGCGUGCAGGUGGACUCUUACAACACAUUCACGGGCCCCACUGAUGCAGGGCUGCCUGUGAUCAAAGAGCCGGACCACGAGCCUGAGCUGGAACGGUUCCAGACGUUCUUGGACCCGUCCGAGUCUUUCAACUUGACCCGUCCGCGCACUCCUAUCGACCGGCAGGACAGCCUCGGCUUCCAGGACCGCAGGAUGUUGGAUAAUGAACUGUACACGUUCAAGAGCACGGGGGAUAUGAACACGAUCCGGCUCUCCGGCGUUGACAUGGAGCCACAGCCGCCGCCGAUAUCGGAGGACUCCUUGUAGUGUGUCAGGACUGUAGCUGCAUGACGGGCCGCUGUUACUGAAUUCUCUUUGCAGCACCGAGUAUCCCCGGACGGUACUCGUGUGAACUUCUGUGCCUCGGCCACAAUCUGGGAAUAUGAGAUUGAUGAGCUCCCGAAUUUGAUGUGGCCGUCGUCUUUGUCAGAACUGAAGUUUCAAGAGUCUGAGCUGUGAUCCUUAUUUUUAUUUUUUUUUCUAUAAAGGAACAGAGUGAAGCAAUUACGGGGCUCUGUUGUCAGAAAUUAAAUUUAAUAUGAAUAAGUAUGUUUUCUUUGAUGUAUUGUCACCUGGAAAUAAGAAUCUCUUCCACGCUUGGCACACAAGGGGAGGUUUCAGUUGGUUGCAGCCUCACCGCUAGAUGGCGCCAAAUCCUACACACUGCACACUUUUUAAAAUAUUCUUUUCUAAAGGAAGUUUGGCGGUUUGGGAAAUACCUUUCUGCUUUCUUUGCAGAGAGUUCGAUGAGAAGAUCGAUUCCAUUCUCAUCAUUGUCUUGUCAAAUAGGAAGUUGCAUCUCGUUAGCUUAGCAUAAGCACUGAAAACAGCGAGGCUAGCUCUCUCUAAAGGGAACAGAAUCCACCCAGCACCUCUAAAUCUCAUACAAAACAAGCUAUAAUGUAUUAUUCGUGAGCCGGCUGUGUCUUAGCGUACAAACAUGAGUAUCAAUCUUCUCCAACUCUCAACAAGAAAGCAACAAAAAGAAUUAUGAACUAUUCCUUUUUUAAUGUUCUAUUUGUUAUUGCUUUUAUUAAAUCGUUCCCCAUGUGGCAAGGAUUCAGGAGCAGGGACUAUGGGAAAAGUGGUCCUCUGGUCCUUGUUUUAAGUGGUUUUAUAUUGUUUAUUUGUUUUUGAAGAGAUUUCUGUUUUCGUUACCUGUAAAAACAUAUAUUUUUUUUUUUAAAUUUGCAAUAAAUUCCAAGAACGUUCAGGUGGGGAAACUGUUUACUACUUAAAGUACUGACUUCCAUCACAUGUGAUUUUCCCUCUCAUGCUGAGACUGUCACCUUUUUGUAUUCUGGGUGGAGGAAAACUAUUUCAACAACACUCUGGCCAUGAAAAACAGGGACGUGAAGGAGGGA